CAUGCAAAUGGAUCAGAUCGGGACAGAAUAAGGACCAUUUAACGCACUCGACUGACUUGUUUUUUGCUCUGGUUAAAGACCCCAGCAGGGCACAUUUUAAACCUCUUCCUCCACGGCGGCUCACACAGGUGAAAGUGUCCUCCAACUCCGCCGCAGCGCUGCCGGAGCGGUGCGUCUCAUCCAGGGAGCGCGCAGCGUGACUGCGCCUCUCCGCUCAGCCAUGACGCAUCUGCGCCCGUAGCCGCCUCGGUCUCCGUGUCACUACUAUGUUUCUCGAGCUUGGAGUUUGCUUGUCCUGGAAGGGUCCCGUUUUCUGACAAGUUGCCGUUGCUGGUUGGUAUGUUCGUCACGUCCGCCCCGGGUUAACUUGCGCGUUGUUCCCCCCCCCCCCCACCUCCUGCAGCGGCACAGACCGGAGCGGCACACAGCCGAACCGGGGCAAACAACCGGGUAAAGCGGGUAAAACCGGGCUCCUGCGUGCUGAACUUGGCCGGGAUUGGGGAUGAGAGCCGUGCGUAACGCCAGACGGGAGGCAGCAGUGACGGCGGCGUCGGGAAGCUGCUGAGCGGCUCAAUUCACCCCCAGCAUCAUCAUCCUCAGCAGCAUUUGUGCCAGGAAUAAAAACUGCGGGGGACUGCCGCUGCUCACUCCCUAUCAACACUUCCAGCUUCUUUUUUUCUUCUCCUCCUUCUUCUUUUUUUAUUUUAUUUAUUUUUUUAAUUCCUGCUAUUGCAGUUCAGCUCCUGAACCCACAGCUGCAUAAACUUGUCCAGAUCUGGUGACAUUUUUUCGCCCGUGUUGCGUGUGUUGAGGAGCCUGGAUGGAUAUUCGGCUCAUCGGCGGAAUUUGAGAAGCAAAAAAGGGGGGAUUAUUAUCAGUCCCUCUCUUAUUAUAAACCUCAAAAUGGAUGCCAACGACAUGCUUUGGGGACGCCACUGGAUAAACCUCUCCGCCGCCGAUCUGUUUGACAUCUGAGGGGCAAAGAGAGUUCAAAGUUUGGAUAAUCCGCACGGCCGAAGGUGUAGGAUGCAGUCUGGAGCCAAGACGCUCUCCGCAGGUGGAGGUGCGUCACUCUGCUGCCUACUUCUCCUCUGGCUCAUCUACUCCCAUCUGCUCAAAGAGGGCCAGUUGGCAGUGGGAACCUGCGAGAUAGUGAUGCUGAACACAGACAGCAGCGUGCCCAGGCGGACUAUUGCCAGGCAGACUGCCCGCUGCGCCUGCCGGAGAGGCCAGAUCGCUGGCACCACCAGGGCGAGGCCGGCCUGUGUAGACGCGCGAAUCGUGCGGAGCCGUCAGUGGUGUGAGAUGGCUCCCUGCCUGGAGGGGGAGGUCUGCAGCCUCCUGCUCAACAGAUCCGGCUGGACCUGCACCAGGGGAAGUGGUCGCAUCAAGACUGUCACGCCUUUGCCCAAGGAGCCAUCGUAGGAUGGAGAAGAAAACAGGAGGUUCAUUGACAUCUAUAUCCGAAGGAACUGGAGUCAGUUACAACACCAGAACAUACACCAACGAGGCUCCCAAACGUUACACAAGUCCCAACCAUCAAUAUGAAAAUAAUAAUAAUAAUAAUAAUAAUAUUAAUAAUAAUAAUAAAAGAACCGAGAGUUUCUCCCAAGGCCACACUGAAAGUCCCUUGAACAACACAUCUGAAAUCUUGAGAAGCAUCAAGAGAGCAACACGCUACACCAUCAGCAUUGAACUUUCACCGCAAUUAAAUCCACGGUCUCAUCAUGAAACAACCCCCCCCUGAGGAACAGCUACCAACGGAGUAGGCAGUGGAUUACUCAUUGAAGUAUUUGGCUUUUCUGUGUUUUUGUUUUUUUGUCAGGCGCUUUCUUAUCUCCAGGGGGACGGCUCCUUGAAGAUUUUUAUUUUUUUUUUUGUACCUUUGUGACUUGAUUUAAGAGAAGUUCUUUCAAAAGUCAGCCGCUUCAUCUUUACUAUCACUGCUGUGAAGCUUUCCAGGCUUACAACCCCGCCGACUUUCUUUAAUGACAGUUUGCUGCUAAGGACUUUGCCGAGCUUGAGCCAGAACAUACAGUCCAUCGGAUUCUAGUCUUUAACACCUUCUUUUUUUGUUUCUUAUUUGACUGGGUGACACUUCACGAGGCUGCGGCCACUAAAAUGCCCACGUAGGAGCCCAGGACGGUCAAAGACGAGAUUAGGGGAAGUGAGACGACGGUUUCUUCGGUGAACAAGGAUCCCGAGAGGGAAAUGUGGACAUUUUGGAUGAUUUAGCUCACAUCUUGUGUUUCUUUUUCUUUUCUUUAAAUUUUAAAUGUGGUGCCAACAUAGACUAGAAGAGUAGCUUUUGUCAAUGAACCUCACCAUCUCGUACACACCGCCGGGAGCAUUCAGCAGAUGUGGACCCCUGGCUCAUUUUAAUGGGUCUAUUUAUGUGUGUGUGUGUGUGUGUGUGUGUGUGUGUGUGUGUGUGUGUGUGUGUGUGUGUGUGUGUGUGUGUGUGUGUGUGUGUGUGUGUGUGUGUGUGUGUGUGUGUGUGUGUAAGAGAGAGAGGGAGGGAGAGGGUGCAUGUUUGCUCCUAAAGUGUGUGAAUAUGGGUGUGUAUGCUUUUAUGUCUCUGUGAGCGUGUGUGUGUGUGUGUGUGUACAUCCAGAAAUACACUGUGAAAUAAGUCAUACCCAAUGCAUUAUUCAUACUCUUGUAUAUUUUUGGGACAUGCCCAGACCAGAGCGCGCCAUCUGGCAAAAAGAAGCAUUGGGGAUUUUACAGAUGUUGGGUUU